GGCAAGUCCGCAGUACAGCACAACUAUGUCGGUGACAUGGAGGUGAGUGACGGUACCCCCGGAGGUACAAGGACUCGAAACUCUGCCUCCCGUCGUCUGCUGGAGCAGCAUGUCGCUAUCCUGGGAGGAGGGAUCGGGCCCAGCACUGGCGCUCACUGGCCACCGUCGCGCCGUAGAGAGGAGGCCCAGGCCCUCGAGAACCUCCAGAAGCGAGUCACUCAAGGUCUCUCUCAGAAGGCGCUCAUCGAAGGACCGUCCGGUUCCAGUACAAUCUUUAAACCACCAAAACUCGAUAAUCGGCCACAACUCCUCCAAAAGAUUCUGAGCAACAAGCCCGGAAUAGUUACAGAACAAGAGGAGUUGGGUACUGAUUGGUUAGACAGUGACUUCAUAGCUGAGUGCCUAUGUUGGCACAAUGUGUACAGACAGCGACAUAGUGUUCCAUCCCUCACUCUAUGUCCUCAACUGUGUGAGAGGGCGCAGUCAUGGGCAAACCAUUUGGCUCAUACAAAUACAUUCUUCUAUCAACAAGCGAAGGAUGUUGGUCAGAAUCUGUUUUGUCGCUUGACAAAUAUGCUGCAGACAGAUGUGACAGGACAGGAAGUGGCUUCCUACUGGUAUAGUGCCGUGCGCCAGUACAAUUAUAUGAAAGAACCGGAUGUAUUACACGCAAAUGUCAAUGCAGGUCAUUUCACUCAACUGGUGUGGGCGAGCACCAAGCUGUUUGGAGUUGGCAAAGCUAGGAGUAGAUCCGGCAAAAUCUUGGUAGUUGCAAACUACAGGCCUCCUGGAAACAUAAGCGGACUGUUCAAAGACAAUGUUCUGCCACCAGUGCCGGAGUGUGAGAUGGACAUGACGAGUGUGUCAGGAAGUGACUCCAGCACGUCAAGAAGUACCGACUACAACACAUGAGGGGUACCGGUAGUACCUACGGCUCUUCCUAUCAAACAAGUGCUUCGGUCAACUUUAUAUAUUGUAGUUGCUAUUUUGCAACAGUAGGCUUAAAUGAUGAGUUUUAUAUAGACUGAUCAAGACAAAGUACUCAAGUAAUCCAACAAGAUUUCAAAGAUAACUAUUAUGCUUUGGCUUUUAAAUGUAGAACAGCUGAUAAAAACGAUUUAUUUAUAUUUUAAAAUUAAUUUGUACUAUAAAUUGAUUAAAACCUGAGCUUGAUUGAUACGACUAGUCUAACUCAGCAGCUGUAAUCUCUUAUCUUGUAACUCGAUUGACCUUAAUGUACUACACAGGUAUUGGCAUGAAAUGUGAUCCUAAUGUGAUGAAUGUAAACUCCGAACUUGUUAGCUAUUUGCUAUAAUGUUAUUAUUUGAAUCCGUAAUAUUUAAUUUUUAAUAAAAUAACAGGCAUAAAUAUGAACAUAAUCUACAAUCAAUAAUGACUAAAAUGACCAAUUCCAUAAUCAAUAAUUAAUAUAAACAAUACAAUCACAUUAUUUUGUAAUUUUUGCUCUAUACUGAAAUACUAAAUACCUUAUACACAUUAUAGGAUGUUUAUUAAAUACUAAAUUAACUACAAGAUAUUAAGAAAAAUAAGCUUAGUCACUUCUCGUUUCCACAAAAUACACAAAGUAAAAUCAUUAAAUCAUAAUUUGGCAGAUCUUUUCUCUACUUCUUACCAAAGUUAAAACUGGUAGUGGCAUGAAGGUUGUAGAUCAUUUCCAGACUCUGAGAUAUAUUUUUCAACAACAGUUAAGUCAUCUUAGUGUUUCCUAAAAGUUUUUCUAUUCUCUCUUCAUUACGAAUUCCUCCCACAUUUAUCUUUCCUCUCUUCUGUCACGUUUUCCAUUGUCAACAUUGUUAUCAACUGGAUAUUAACCAAUACAUAACUCGAUAAACUGCUGCCUGUUUCAGUUAAAUAGUUCAUAAAAAUGUUCUCUUUCAGGUGUUUGCCUCUCAAAUCUACAAUAUCACCUUUUACAAUAGAAUUUUUUCAUAGUUUCAAGUAUGCUGAAGUUUCUAGCCUUGUGUUUACUGAAAUAAUCUUAGUUUUAUGCCUAUAGUCUCAUCCCCUAACUCAUGACCCAAUUUACAUUUCUCUGAAUCAAGCUACGAAAGUGACUGUAGUUGUUACUUUAAAAACAAAGGCAUUCUAUAUAUUUUGACCAAAGAGAAUUUUUGCUGGAAAUAUUUUACAUUGUAGAUGAAAAUUGAACUAAGAGACCAUGGUAGGAUUCUUAAUUUAUCUUGAAAAUCUAAUUACAUAUUUCAACUGCUCUAUCUCUCUCGUCUCUCUAUCUAUUUAUACCUCUGUCUCCCCCUUCCUGUCAUCUCUCUCUCUCGCUGAUUGAAGAUUUAAUGGAGGUAGACAAGAACUGUAGAUCUUUAUUUUGUAGUCUAAUUCUCCUGUGAAUAAUUUUAUUUCAGAUCAAACCAAACUGUACGUGCUAUAAUUGGUUUCCUGUGAAACCAAUAGUUAGUUGAAUGUCUGGUGUUAUCAUUAUGGAUCUGUGUUGUAGUUCUUAUUUCAGAUGUCUCAGUGUGACAGAUGCCAAGACAUGUUUUGCAACUGUCAAUAUUUCAAUGGUCUCUUAAACUUUUCUGAGAUGGAGGAGUGAUAGUUGUUGAAGUUAGGUACAGUUAAAAAGCUUUUAGAUGCAUAUACUUGCCAAACUUGUUUAAAAUUGACAAAACUUUAUCUCAUAAACAAGUCUUUACCUUUACCAUCGUACCUAAUCUUGCAGUACAUUUAAAAAUGUAAUUCCUAUUUCGUCAGACCUUCCGCAUGGCCUUCAUUGUGUAGUGGUGUAGGAAUGGAUGAAGGGCCAUGUUGACAGCCUUAGUAUUGCAUAUCACAGUGAAGUGUUGAGGUAUUUGUGUAGUUACAAAUGGCUACUCUGAGUGCUACUGUGUAGUCAGAUUUGAGCUGUUGUGCCGUGCCGUUACUUUAGAAAACUGGACCACCUCAGGUAUUUUGACUGGCUUUUCAAAUGUGUAAGAUCAUUAAUUGUAUUUAAAUGAUUUUUUACUGUCGGUAUAAGACUAUUUUUAACAGUACAGUUCAAACAGAAUGUUAACAAACCAUGUUCAUUGUGUACAUAAAAUUCCUAAAAUAUGUCUUCCAAGUUAAUUUUUAUUAAUGUGAGUUAUGUGCUUCCCUUAUAUUUAGAAAAUAUGUUCUGCGGUAUAUACAACGUAAUCAGGUAAACCAAUUUAGCUCAAUAUUUACUAUUGAUGAAUUGUUAUGUUUCAACUCAAUGCUUUUGUAAGUAAAUUCAACUGUUUGAUUUUUUAAGUGAGUAAAGCUUUAUAUUUUGAUUUAGGUUUAUCGAAUAGUACAAUGAUAAUGUUAUGAGAAGACUACUGUAUUUAUUAAUUAAAGCAUAUUGAAGCACACAAUGAUAAGUUGCCAGCUACUUGAUUAUAUAACACAACUACUAUAUGUGUUGAAUAAUAACAAGAUAGGCCUAUAAUGUACUCUUCUAGUAAAAAGACAUGAAAAAGAAACAAAUUUUCAAUUUAUUAAAAAGAUGUUAAGUACAAAUUUUCUUUAUAUUUAACAGCAUAGUGUUUCUUUAGACUUCCCUAGAGUAGACACAGCUAUAUUUAUUAUCUUUAUCCUGUUAUCAGUUCAAGUACAAAAUAAGCUCACAGUUAAAAACGUUAUUUAUUAAAUGUAUGGAAAUUUCAAACCAAUUCAAUCAAUUUAAAAUAUGUUUGUUUCAAUAUGUAUUAUAUUGUGUUAAAAUAUCAGUAAUCUUUCUCAUGAAGGAAGUUUAGCUUAAUCAUUUUUAUUUAUAACUAUAUAGAUCUCUAUCAAAGAAAAUAAAACCAGGUUAAAACAAAAACAAUGGCUUACAUAAAAUACUUUUGACUUGACUUAACAAUCUUUUUUAAAGUAAUCCUUGGUGAUGUAUUUUUAUAGCUGAAUAAUACAGCUUAACUGUAAAAUUAAAACUAUACAACUAUAAAAGUUGAGUUAUGUAAAAGUAAUAAUCAACAAUAGAAAAUGCCACUUUUUACGGAACAGAAAAAACUACAAUGAUGUUUUUAAUAUCAGUUACCACAAUAAAGUAUAACUGUAAGUGUAUUUUAGAAUAAUGAAAGAUGUUCUAAGGCCAAGAAAUAAGGUUGAAUUUUCCUGAAACUUUUUGAAGAGAACACAUUUUAACAGCAGAGUAAUUGAUAUAUGAAACUUGUCCUAGUACUAUAACUCCUGAAAUGCUUUUUAUAACAAUUGUUGACUCUACCAAACUGUUAUUUCAGCACUAUAGAUUUUCUAGCACCCUUAAAAAAACAAUGUAUUUAACAAACAAUAGUAAAAUAGAGAACAUUUUUAUACUCUAGGAAAUUACAGAAGUUUGUUAAUAUUGCUGCACAUCCAAUUCCAGUUGAAGUUUUAGUCAUUGUGCAGUAUAGUUUCUGUUUUCUUAAGUACAUUACAUUGCUCAUGUCAACAUACCAGGCCAUGAACUGAAUUAGUAAAGUUGGUAAAGUAAUCCAAAAUAAUGUGUUAUUCAUUAUUAAAUUGUACAUUUCAAAUAGCUGUUACUAACAGAGAAUGGUUUGGAAUUUUAUGGAGUUUAAUAUUAUAGUUAAAUCCAGAUAUUAUAUUAAAUUAUGUUGAGUUUUUUAUAUAAGAAUAAUAAAUCUUAAACCAUGUCAUCCCUUACUUUUGGUUACAGAACUUUGUCUAAUUCAAAUGUAUGACCAAUACAGAUCUAAAUGCUUAAAAUUUAUAUAUAUUCUAUCAUGUUUUAGUAAUAAAAUUUUUUGAAUUAAGUGAAUAACAUAACGAUAACUGGAAAACUAAAAUAGGGUACAUAUAAAUCAUACUUUUAUAUUAAACACUAACUGUUUCCCGCGGUUUUGCACACUUUUCGUAAGCUUUGCCCGUGUAUGUGACUUCUGGUUUAAUUGAAUUAUAUUUACCAUGCCGAUGUAGAGUUUGCC